ACCAUCUUCUUCACAACAACGAGCGAGAGAGAGAGAGAGAGAGAGGAAGCGAUGGCGUCGUCUUCGAUGGCAUCGCCGCCGGCGCCGACGAGGAUCUUGGUAGGCGUGAACCAGUCGUCGAUGAAAGGGUACCCGCAUCCAUCAAUCAGCAGCCGCAACGCCUUCGAAUGGACCUUGUCCAAGCUUAUCCGCAACAACUACUCCGGCUUCUCCCUUCUCUUCCUCCACGUCCAGAUCCCUGAUGAAGACGGAUUUGAUGACAUGGAUAGUAUAUAUGCUUCACCUGAAGAUUUUAAAGACAUGAAAAGGAGGGACAAGAUAAGAGGGAUUCACUUGCUGGAAUAUUUUGUUGGGCGUUGCCAUGAAAUAGGGAUUAACUGUGAAGCAUGGAUCAAGAAAGGUGACCCAAAGGAUGUUAUCUGCAGUGAAGUGAAGAGAGUCAAACCAGAUAUUCUGAUCAUGGGCAGUCGUGGCCUUGGACCAUUCCAUAGGGUUUUUGUAGGGACUGUGAGUGAAUUCUGUGUCAAGCAUGCAGAAUGCCCAGUGAUCACCAUCAAACGGAGAGCAGAUGAAGCUCCACAAGAUCCAAUUGAUGACUGAUGGUUUUAUCACCAAUAUUCAUGCCAAUAUUGAUCAUAUGCUUCUAUUUUCCAGCUUCCUUAUAUACCUUUCCUUUGCUUCUAGGAUCUUUACUCUUAGGCUUCAAUCAUUUUAUUCCCAUAACCAUUGGUGUCUGUAACUCUAAAAUCACUGUUAUCUUAAAUCAUUCCUGCAUGUUUAUAUAUGUUAUUAUUUUAAGGGUGAAAACAGAGGUCCCUUUUAAUUAUCAGUAAGGUUUUUUUUUU